AUGGCCGCUCUUGGCAACGAUUUUCGACCUCGAGAUAAUUCAAGCGCAUUGGCUGAUACCACAAUCAUUCUGAAAGAGGAUCAGGAAACAGAGUAUAUGGUCGCGAAGAUGUUCACGAUUCGUCCUGGCUUCGAUGUGAUCGGUCUGGCUCUCUCGAUAUGGCUGGAACUGCGUGUGACGACUGGUGAAAAAACUUCUGAAGCCGUCCGGUACAACUGCCGAAUCACCUACGAGGGCAAAGGGGAUGUGGACAAAGACGCCGACAAGAACCUCAUCACUCAGACCGCACUCUACGUACUUCGAUGUCAUGGAAAGAAGACAUUUCCUGAAGGCACUCACGUCCAUAUCGUGAAUCCUAUCCCUCUCGGACGAGGUCUUGGAUCAUCGGGUGCUGCGGUCGUUGCUGGCGUAUCACUCGCGAAUGAAGUCGCACAACUAGGUCUUUCGAAAGACCGCAUCCUCGACUACUGCUUGAUGAUCGAGCGACAUCCAGACAACGUCGCUGCUGCUCUGUUCGGCGGCUUCGUGGGAUCAUACCUCAAGGAGCUCAACCCUGAAGACAUGAAGCGAAGAGAGAUUCCUCUGGCUGAAGUACUUCCAGCGCCACAAGGAGGUGAAGAUACCGGACUCACUCCUCCCAUACCCCCGCAAGACAUCGGCAAACACAUCCGCUUUCCUUGGGCGAAGGAGAUUAAAUGUAUUGCGAUCAUCCCGGACUUUGAAGUGUCGACGGCCGAGGCAAGGAGAGUGCUGCCGACGUCGUACGAAAAGGCAGAUGUGAUUUACAACCUGCAGCGAGUAGCCCUGCUUACUACGGCACUUGGUCAGAGUCCGCCAAAUCCAGUCCUCAUCUACGAUGGAAUGCAAGACAAGGUCCACCAACCGUACCGAAAAGGCCUGAUACCUGGUUUGACCGAGAUCUUGCAAUCUGUGGGCCCAGACAGGAAUCCAGGUCUGCUUGGGAUCUGCUUAUCAGGUGCCGGCCCAACGAUCCUCGCGCUGGCUACCGAGAACUUUAGUGACAUAGCUGAACACCUUCUUGGCGAGUUCAAGAAGGAAGGCAUCACUUGCGACUGGAAGCUACUGGAGCCAGCAUACGACGGAUUGACUGUGUCGCAUGGGUCCCAGGAAAGUGGUAGGAUGACGUACGCGGAUGCUGGAGUGUCCAUAGAAGCGGGUAACGAACUCGUGCAGUCAAUCAAGUCUGCUGUAGCUUCGACAAGACGACCAGGUGCAGAUGCUGAAAUCGGUGGUUUUGGCGGCGCUAUGGACCUGGCAGCUGCAGGAUACACAGAGCCUCCGUUGAUCGUACAAGCAAUUGAUGGCGUGGGCACCAAGCUUAAGAUCGCUUUUGCCAUGGACGACUUCUCGACCGUCGGAAUCGAUCUCGUCGCCAUGAACGUCAAUGAUCUACUGGUGCAAGGUGCAGAGCCGCUGACUUUCAUGGACUACUACGGAUGCUCGAAGCUGGAUGUAGCAGAUGCGUCGCGCUUCGUCAAAGGUGUAGCGGAAGGCUGCCGAGAAGCUGGAUGCGCAUUAGUCGGAGGCGAGACGGCGGAAAUGCCAGGCAUGUAUCAAGGCAAGGAGUUUGAUGCCGCUGGUGCAGCGACUGGUGCGAUCAAGGAGGGCAGGAAGAUACUGCCAGACAAAGAGGCAAUGCAAGAAGGCGACGUCUUGCUGGGAUUGAAGAGCAACGGAGCUCAUUCAAAUGGCUUCUCGCUUAUUCGCAAGGUCAUCGAGAGACACGGACUCAGCUGGAAUGACCAGGCGCCUUGGGACUCGAGCACGACUGUCGGUGCAAGCUUACUUACUCCCACACGGAUAUAUGUGAAAGCAUUGAUGCCAGCCAUCGAGCAAGAUCUGAUCCUCGGCAUGUCGCAUAUCACAGGCGGUGGCCUAGAUGAGAAUAUCCCACGCAUGCUGCCCAAACACCUAGCGGCGGAAGUGAACGUCGCUUCGUGGCCUGUUCCAGGAGUUCUGAAGUGGCUGAAGCAGGCCGGCAAUGUGAGCAAUAAGGAGUUCGCAAGGACGUGGAAUACUGGUUUGGGGAUGGUGUUGGUGGUCAAAGAGGAGAAGGUGCAGAGUGCUGUUGAUGCGUUGAGGUCUGCUGGAGAAGAGGCGGUUCGUGUCGGGAAAUUGGUUGCGAAGAACGAUGAAGGUGUAAUUUUGCUGGGGCUGGAGCACUGGGACUGA